CCUGCUAUAUGCGCGCAUUGAAUUGUGGGUAACGCAUGUCUGCACCCUGAGCUCACCUUGCUAUCAUCCUUAGCUCAAUGUGGUAAUUGCGGCAUGUAGUCUCUCGCUACCAGCCAGUGGAUAUUGUCGGUUUCGUUCAAACAUUAUUUCUGAAUAUGUCGGAAAAUAUGCAGAAGGACAGCUUCUCUGGAAAACCGAUCACAAGACCUAUGAUUUUUGAAAUGUUUGAGAAGAACUUCCAGAGAUUGCCUAGCACUGAACAGAAACUCUUCAUACAAGGACCGAUGUACCUGGCGGGGAUCGCAAGCAUUGCAGGAGUGAUAUCCAACAAUAUGUAUCGCAGAGCUCUGAAUGUCACACAGGCGUCCAUCGCCUCCAGCCUGCCGAUGGCCGUUGUGCCCUUCGUGGCAACAUUUGGCCUGUACAACGCAGCAGUCACUAACCCCCUUAUGCACGGUGAUCUGGAGUGUCCCACUUGUGCCACAAUUCGAGGUGCAGUAACUGGUGUGAUCGGCGGUGGGCUGUAUCCCAUCCUCCUGGCCUUACCCAUGAAUGCUGCCCUCGCAUCCAGGUACCAAACGGCGCCGAUGCCGGAGAAGGGCAAUGUGCUCCGGACCUUUGUGGAUCUCUCCAGACCGAUCCUGAGGAAAAUGAGCGCGCUGGUGUUUCUCCAGGCCAUCUUGGGCACCUACCUGAGCUCCAAGAACUUUGAAAGUUAUAUCAAAGUGGUCCAAAUGACAUUUGGCUCAAGUGGAGAGCAGUCCCAAGACUAAAAUGUUCUGAACGGAACCUUAAAACAGUUCACUGUUUCGCUGCGACUCGUUGUCGUUUCACAUGAAAGAUGCCUGAAAAUCCCCCCAGGAAUUAAAUGAAGUGUGGGAUAGCUUGUUGAAAUUUCUGGUUGUGUCAACAUUAAAUCAACUGCUAAAAUGCACUGCUUUUUGGGCACAUCAAAGAUGAUUAAAAAAUGAACGUCAGUUUCAUGCAGUAAGGAAGGUAAAACUGUUUUCCAUCAAACUUAAUCUGUAUAUGUUCUUGCUUCCUUUAUUAAAAUUUCUUAUUUAAAAUUGAA